GCGUGGAUUGAGAAUCUCCACACGCGCGUGGAGUGAGGAAAGGUGUUUUUUGUCGCGUCUUUUCUUCUUUAAUAGCACAUCUCCUCUGUCUUCUACAACAGUCUCCCCCCUUCUUUCUCUCUACACAGCAAGAUGUCUGCCUUCAUUGGAAAAUACCAUGAUGAACUCAUCGCCAAUGCAGCAUAUAUUGGCACCCCUGGCAAGGGAAUUCUCGCGGCUGACGAAUCUACUGGCACGAUCGGGAAGCGUCUGGCCAGCAUCAAUGUCGAGAAUGUCGAGUCAAAUCGCAGGGCCCUCCGUGAACUUCUGUUCUGCACCCCGGGGGCCCUCCAAUACCUCAGUGGCGUGAUCCUCUUUGAGGAGACACUAUAUCAGAAGACAGCGGAUGGGAAGCCAUUCGUCGACGUCCUCAAGGAAGGUGGUGUUCUGCCGGGCAUCAAGGUUGACAAGGGCACCGUUGAGCUUGCUGGCACCAACGGUGAGACGACCACCCAAGGCCUUGAUGGCCUCGCCCAGCGCUGCCAGCAAUACUACUCAGCUGGCGCUCGGUUUGCUAAGUGGCGGGCUGUGCUGAAGAUCAGCCCCACUGAGCCGUCCCAGCUUGCCAUCAAUGAGAAUGCCAAUGGGUUGGCCCGUUAUGCCAUCAUCUGCCAGGAGAACGGACUUGUACCCAUUGUCGAGCCAGAGAUCCUGGUUGAUGGGUCCCACAGCAUCGACAAGUGUGCUGAUGUGACAGAGCGGGUGCUGGCCGCAUGCUACAAGGCACUGAACGAUCACCACGUCCUCCUGGAAGGGACUCUGCUGAAGCCGAACAUGGUUACACCAGGGUCCGAUGCAAAGAAGGUUGCACCCGAGGUGGUGGCAGAAUACACAGUGCGGGCACUGCAGAGGACAGUCCCAGCAGCAGUCCCAGCCGUGGUGUUCCUGUCAGGUGGGCAGAGUGAAGAGGAGGCGACCCUGAACUUGAAUGCGAUGAACAAACUCAAGGGGAAGAAACCGUGGAGCCUGUCAUUCUCAUUCGGGAGGGCCCUUCAGCAGAGCACACUGAAGACGUGGGCUGGCAAGGAGGAGAACAUCGAGAAGGCACGGGCUGCAUUUCUGGCAAGGUGCAAGGCUAACUCUGAGGCGACACUCGGGACGUACAAGGGGGACGCCGCAAAGGGAGAAGGGGUGUCUGAAAGCCUCCAUGUUAAGGACUACAAGUACUGAAAUUUUCAUUAAGGACUACAAGUACUGCAAUUUUCAUAUUUCUAUCGUAACAAGCUCUUGUUCUCGUUGUUUUCGUGAUGAGAGAGGAAGGAUGAAUAGGCCGUGGGCUUUUUAUGUUUUUAGUUUAGACAAUAUUUUGGAGUUUUUGGGUUUGUGUUUCUUUUCAUGUAAUAAGGUUUGAAACGGUUUUGAGGUGUGUUUUUCUUCAAUGAAACUACUAGUUGUGACGGUGUUUUGUUUCA